AUGCAACAUCCACUCCUUAGCAUUGCAUUCCUCGCCUCUCUGGCCUCUGGCUACUGGCUACCCGAGACACUGGGCAAAGACCAGUUCAAGACCUGCGUCGUCCCCAAGUCCAAAGGCGACGACGCCCCGACCAUUCUCUCGACAGUCAAAUCCUGCGGCAGCAACUCCCGCGUCGUCUUCAGCGCCGGCACGGAAUACAGCCUCCUCACCCCUCUAAAGUUCUCCGGCCUCACAAACGUAGAGUUCCAAAUCGAGGGCAACCUCACCCUCUCAGACGACCCGGCCGCCGUCUCCGCCGUGGUCAACAACCGCUCCAUUUACCCGGGCCACUGGAUCACCGUCGCCAACAGCAAGGGCGUCACUUUCACGGCUUCGAAUGCCCAGGGCGGCGGCUGGAUUAACGGCCACGGCGAUAAGUGGUGGUCCAGCGCCAACGUCAGCAGCAAUAAUGGGCGCCCGCACAUGUUCUCGUUCGGUGUGACGAGUUUGCGGCUGCGGGGGCUCAAGAUUCUUAACCCCGUCGCGUGGUGCUUCUCGAUAAGCGGGCAGGAUGUCUACAUGACUGACACCGUGCUGGACGCGCGGUCCAAGACUGCGUUCCCUUUCAACACGGACGGUAUUGACGUUGGCGGUUCCGAUAUUGUCAUCGAUGGGUGGACCAGCUGGAACGGCGACGACAUCAUCAACGUCUCUCCGCCGGCUGUGAAUGUGACUAUGCGCAACGUCGUCGGAUACGGCACGCACGGAAUCUCGGUCUCCUGCGCGUCUGGCUCGGGUAGCGGGUACCUGUUUGAGAACGCAGAGAUCCACGACUCGCUGUUGGGAGCUCGCUUCAAGGGCUCCGUGGGCACGACGUGCCAGAUUUCUGAUGUUACCUGGCGCAACUUCACAAUCACCAACACUGCUUACCCCAUUCACUUUAUCGAGGACUAUGUCGAUCAAGAAAAGGGCGCUGCCGGGAAGGAUGCUUCGCUGGCUGCGUUUGCCAAGAACUUCCGCUGGGAGAAUAUCAAGGCGCAUACUGGCUCGGGUCUCAAGGACGGCAGCUGUACCUCUAGCCCAUGCUGGAGUCAAAGUCUAGGCGCCUCAACCAAGAAGGGGUUGUACCUUAUGUGCAAAGACGCGGCGCAUUGCCAGGACUUCACCUUCAAGGACAUCACCCUCGUCGCAGCUGAUGGCAGCGCAGGUGAGAUGGAGUGUGUUGGACUGGAAGGAGCUACAGGCCUCGGCAUCCCUUGCACGAACGGCACUUUGACCGGAAGCAAAUAG